CCGCAAAAUUUGGUUGAUUUUUUUUCUUUUUUUCUCCAAGCAAAGGGGGAAAAAUACAAUCUCAUUUUUAAAAAAGCCAAUAUCAAAUAAAAUGAGUAAAACAUUGUGGGUAAUUGUAUAAGAAUUAAUGACAAUAAAUUGGACACCAGCGGACCGGUAUCCAAUGUUUUCUUCUUGCCUCCCCACUCAUUCUCUCAUUAUUGAGACUCCACCUCUUCAUCGAUGCCUGCACGGAGAACUCGGCAGCUUUGGGAAACGUAGUCUAUUUUAUCCUCCAUGCAAUGGCUUGUAAUUGUAUAAGUUAAUUUAACAAAAACAAAAACAAAAAACCUAGGAUCCCGAGAAGCUGCGGGUCAUGUUGUCCUAGCACUGACACUGUGAAUAUUGUGGUCUCCAACUGGAAACGCGCAAUAGAAAGCGGGUCAGAUGAAAAUAUUGACUACAACUCCCAACGUAUAUAAAAGUGAGCCCGCCUCUGCCCUCCCUGCUUCCUUCCCCGAGCGACCCCGUUUUCUUGUUUGGCUAAAGAUGGCGUUAGCGGCUAACACAGGCGAUUGCUUUUUGUGUCACACAAACUAUUUGGACGGAUGCGGCAAGGCCGCGAGUAAUCAUAGCUUUGCCUCGUCACUCAGUGUGUAAAAAUAUGUUACAUUUGGCUAACACUCGUCAGGGAGCCGGAAAAACGAUUGGCUGGCCUUCGACACGACGUAGGCCUGUUUUGCUGGGAGUCGAGGGGAAGCGACGGAAACUCAAUUUCCCAUGAGCAACCGCGGCAUCAGGUGGUACAAGCCUUUUCCAUCCUGGAACGUGCCGUUUUGGGACCAUGUGAGGGUGUUGUUAUUGUUUUCUUUAUAUACUCUAUGAAUGAACUCAAUGAGUACACCGAUGAUGCUCAAAAGUAAAUGGAAGUGCUGUUAUAAGCAUUCAAGCAUCUGGAAUAAUGUGCUGAUGUGUUAAACAUCAGACAAAAGUUAAAGGAACCAUGACAGCUUUACCCUUGCAAAGUGUCCGGAAGCCAACUCGAGCCCCUUCCAGCAGGGAAGGAUCGCCAUCUGCGCCAGAGUCCUCCUUGACCUGGUGCCUGGCCCACCUGCGCAAACCACCACCUGACUCGGGAGGAGAACCGCUCAAGAGGUCCCGAUUCUCCCAGUGGCGGGCGUUGGUCGCAAUCCGAACGCAGCACAUCAAAGGCGACAAGGCCGGCAUCACCCGGUUCCGGAAACAGGGGGGUCUGCGGCCCUUGCUGGACCUGCUUGGCCAACCAGAGUGCUCCAAGAAGACUCUAGAUCUGACCCUCAGCAUCCUGGCCAACUGCUGUACGGAACUGGAGACACGCAUCGAGGUCCGCAAGCUUGACGGAAUAAAUAUUGUCGUGGACGUGAUGAAGAGGAAUGUGGCCCAGGAGACCAUCCAGAACCGAGCUGCGCGGGCUUUGGGGAAUUUGGCCAUGGACUCCGAGAACUCAGCGCUCAUCCACUCGGCCGGUGGGGUUCCUCUCCUCCUCCUAUGCAUGUCUCUGUCAUCGGCCCUGUCCACGCCCACCGCCGCGCAGCCCAAAGACUCCUCCCCUAAGCUGGAGUGCGCCCAGUCCGCCAUACGGGCCCUCCUGUAUCUCUCAGACACGCCCGCCAACCGCCUGUCUCUGCUCACCCAGUGCACCCUGUCGGCCCUCGCCCCUCUCAUUGCUCCGGACUACCCCCAAGGUUUGCGGCGGGCAGCCCUCAGGACCAUCCAUGAGCUAACCCGGGGCUGCGGCCCUGAAUGCGCCAGGGAGGUGUCCCGCUCGGGGGUCCUGGCGCAGCUCGGUGUUAUGGCAUCUGGAGAGGCCGGGAAGCCCUUUGAGGAGCUGGCACUGAAGACUUUGGCCAACUUGUGCUCCCAAGGAUGCUUGCGUCCCUUAGUGGGCUCCCUUGGUGUCAUCCCGAGGUUCACGGCGGAGGUGAAAAAGGAUGCUCUCAAGUCAGGGGUUUUUCUUAAGGCGUUGUGCCUCUGCUGCAAGGAGGCGGUCAACCGUGCCAAGGUGAAGGAGAGCGGAGGGCUGGAGGCAGUUGUUGGCUUUUUGGCGGCGCACCCGAGUCACCCCCUGGCUCGGCUUGCUAUCUUGGCCUGCGUCGACUUUGUCUUUGAUGAAUCGGCCAUGGAGCAGCUGCAGGAGUUGGGGCUGGUACGUCUGCUGGUUGCUCGGCUGGUGGCGCUCACCGUCGGAGAGAAAACUGAGACGCCUGGGGGCGGGAUAGGCUUCUUGGGAUCUUCUCACGGCGAGCCCAUGUCGCCGUCGUGCUUCGACUCCUUCGACUUUGCGCCUUUUGAGGCCGGCAAGAAGGAGGAGGGCAGCAGGGAACAGGGCUCAUCAAGCUUUUUAAGUCUCAGGUCCUGGCUGCUGUCCGAGGGUAUGAUCUCCUCUGAAGAGGACUUGCUGGACUCCUCGAGCAGUGCCAAUGGGGAUUGGGCAGCAUCACCCCCGCAAAGCUUCCCAAGCCCUGACUGCCUCGUCCCACUUAAAACAUGUUCUCCUUGUAAUGCCAAUACCUCAAAGAAGUGUACUUCAAACUCUUCUUCGUUGCCAUGGAAAGAAGUUAAUUCGCCACCCUGCAGCCCCCCUACCGUGUCCCCUUCCUCGAAAGCCACCCACACGGCCUCCCCUUCCAAGUUCUUGUUGCCCCACAGAAGGCGGCAGCGGGCUGACUCGGUAGUCACUUCCAUAGCGAAACUCCCCAUGAACGCGCCUCCAUCUGCACAGCGGCCCUUUGCUUACCACCACCCUUACCACCCCGAACCCUGGACGCCCGAAUCACCUGCUCUGCUGCUCCUCUCACGCUUCUCCUAUGCCGCAGACCCCAGCCCUGCCUUGGUCACCUCGGACACCGUGCGAGGCCUGCUACUCUACCUCAGCCAGCACCAGGACCCCAGCAGCCGUUGCUUCCGCCUUCUGUGCCGCCUCAGCUGCAACCCCAGCUGCCUCCAGGCACUCCUCCGCACCGGAGCCGUGGCACUCAUUCACCACCAUCUCUGCCAGAGAGAUGAAGGGGCCGGGCGGCAGAAAGACCGAGUGAGAGCCAAGGUUAAGCAGCUUGGUGUGACUCUCCUCAACAAUGUGCAUGUUCAGUGUGAGUCUGCAUUUGGUGCGGGGGUCCUCGCACAUGUCAUGCUGUCUGGCUCAGAGUUGGACCGAGUCAACUGUGCGCUGUCACUCCCCUUAAUCAGCAGCAACAAGCCUCUGUUGCGGAAAUUACUCCUGGAUUCUGGCGGUCUGCUCUUGGCCCUACAGCCGCUUGGUUGCCACGACGACCUAGACGAUCACACUACCGACUGUAGACAUCUGCUUUUCGCCUGGCCUGAUGCCAUGCUCCAUUCAGUCUACUUCUCCAUCCUGAUUGGUUGUUUUUCUCCCUUGGUGUCCAGCAUCAAAUUGUGCCCUGAAACCAGAUGCCAGAUUAAACUUCAUCAAACUGACUCAAUAGCGGCACCUCCCUCCAAAAAGCCCCGCUACACAGACAUCUGCCCCUAUGCCACAUCUGACUUUGACCUCCUGCUGCUCUUGGAUGACGGGACGGCGAUCCCGGCCAACAGGGAGGCCGUGGCUGGGGCGGGUUCAGAGUACUUCAGGGCUCUACUGAAAGGUGGCUUUGGAGAAGCCAAAUCCAGAGAAAACAUUUCUAUUAAAGACGUGACUGAAGGCAUGUUAACACCGGUACUGCAUUACCUACACGGGUGUCGACUAGCAGCGUUGAGCCAGGCAGAGGAGUGCCAGUUUUUGGACUCAUUGGUUCUGGAUGGGCUAAUUUCCUGCAAGUUGGAGAAGUCAACCUUCCCGAAUUCUCCAUUAGGCGAGACCAUGACGGGAGCGUGCAGAUUCUUGGUCGCAAAGCUUCAGAAAGAGCUGGAGGAGCUCUGCGUGGCCCGACUCCUGUCUGAAACAGCUGUGACAACUCCUGUUGAAGACCAUGCAACGGCAUCCCCUACAGGAGAAGCCCAGGACACCACAGAGGAACACCUGGCCAACAGGACCUCAGAGCUGGAUUUGUCAUGUGUUCAUUUGCAAAUUGAGACUCUAUUAAAGAAGAGUGUGAAAACAACUUUCAUUCACGAGAAAGAUGGUAAAAAGAUCCCAGGAAGAGAAGUUGACGCAAUUUGUCGGAUUAAAAAUUCAAAACCAUGUGCUGAAAAGGAGAAGUCAGAGUUCAAAAGCUCAGCUCAGCUCCUCAAAGCAGCAUUUCCAGACUGCCUCAAACCCUCAGAGGGAGGUAUGGGAGGGGUCCCGACUGCUCUUCUGCCACAGGUGUACUGCUUUGCGCAGCAUUACAAUUACCCAACACUGCGUCGGGCCUGCCUUGCGCUGCUGUUGGGGUGUCGGGAAGCAGGGCAGGGACCAUGCUCCUCAGCCUGCGAGGCCGUGGACGGUCUGCGAGAGAUCGCAGGGCAGGCUGAUUGCAUAGACAUGCUUAAGCAGGAUCUUCUCAGUUUUGCUACAGAUGCUCUAAGCUGAGAAACAUUGUGUCACAUGUACGCAUGUUUAUUUUUUAUUUUGAGAGACUGCAUUGUUUUCCUUUUUCACACAGAUGUAGUGGUAUCCCACUUACUCUUUGACUGGCCGUUAGUCAGUUAUUUUCUUUUGAUUUACUGUGGGUGACUUGGCUACCAGAGUUAAAUUUGAAAAAAAUAACUUUACAUUUAGAAGCCAUUGAUGGUAUAGCGGUACACUUGCCUGACUGGUGGGGACAGCGUGGGUUCUGUUCCCACACAGUGACUAUCCAUAUGUGCCCUGUGGCUGACACCUGACCAGUCAGGAUGUAGUUCGACUUUGCCCGAGUUUGGCUGGGAUCGGCUCCAGUGCUCUCGUGACCCUUGUGAGAAUAAGCGUUGGAAAAUGGAUGGAUGGAACAUAACAUUUAGGAGAUUUAAAAAAAAAAAAAAGUCUAGUUUCACUUUCCUGCUUUUGCUAAUGGUCUAAGUGGUUUCCACAAUUUCAUUUGGAAUUGCGAGACAUGGUCUUCCAAUUUCUUCUGUCAACUCCUCGACAGUCACUGACCUCUGUGACCUGAACAUUAUUAAAUAUAUUCCAAUUUUAAAAAAGUAAAUAAAUAAAAAAUACUGCGAUUGACGCUUUGCCAAAUCCAUCUGCAUAAUUUUCCAGCAGCACUUAACCACAUAUUUUUUUUAUUUAAAUUUUUUUUUGCAUCAAAAGUUAAUUGUAUAUUAAUAUUUACAAUUAGGGUUAUUUGCACCUGAAACAAGAAUAUAAUGGGGUGUUGAAGGAGCGAGUAGAUUUUGUUGGGGUUAGGCCUACCAUGUUUAUGAAUUGAGCCAGUCUCAUUAUAUAAUUGGUUAUGCUAUACAGUUCUGCGGUUUUGUUUUUUAUUUUUUUUAUUUUUAUUUUUUUUUUCAAACGAGACCAAGGUCUGUCUCUGUCUUUUUUUUAAGUGGUUUUAGUGGAAGUACUGGGACAAUCAGGGUUAUGUUUAUUUUGUACAUAGAGAUCAAGUGGAGAAUGAUGUGUGGAUUUCAUCGGCCCAAGAACUCCAUGCCACUGAAAUAUAAAGAUUCAUGACACAUGCUAAGAUAUGGUCCUUGUUUUAUUGAUGUAGAAUAGUCCAAGCACAUUUGUUCCUUCCUGUGAACCAGUAAUACACCAUAAGAUACUGCACUGUUUGCUAUAGUGAACUAUAGUCAUACACUAACUUGAACAUGUUUGUAUGUACAAUUAGUGGUUUAAAAUAGAUACCCUGUCGUACAAAGAACACCCACUCUUUUUGAAUGACAUUGUGACACAGGUAAGUUCUCUCACUGCCUCGCAUAUGGAUAAAAAUUAUUUCCAAUUCAGUCCUACCUAUCUUAGUUGAAAUGAAUGUUACUCUCUGUAGAUGAAUAUUUCAAGCACUCUACAAAGUAUGAUCACUUUUGGGUCAAUAGCUAAUUACUGCGGGUGGCAAAACUUAACCUUGUAAUGUGAUAGUGAACCUCCAGUGGAUUUUUAAAUGCUUAGCUAUUUUUUUUUUUGCCAAACCAUAGUCUGUCCAGUAAGUAUUUUGGUCUCGACUCUUCAACUUGCAUACAGGUACAAUCUUUGAAUCAAGUGGCAUAUAAGUCGUUUACCAUAUGAAAGUACAAUUUCUGGGAAAUUUCAUUUUGAAAUUCAUCAAGUAUAGCCACUGUUAAAUGUUUGUGCCAGUCGUUUGUAAUACAUACUUCAGUUUAUCAAACAACACCUAAUCGUUGUGCCGUGUUUUAAGUAGGGUGUAAGUCAUUCACCUUGAAAAUGAAAAUUCAUGUAACUUUUCACCAUUGCAGACUAGUUAAGGACCCAUGCCAAACAAUUUUGAGGACUGGUUCAAAUCCAAGCUGUGUGGAGUUUGCUUGUUCUCCUCAUGCCUCUGUGGGUUUUCUCUGGGUAGUCUCAUAUUAUAAGUACAUCCUUGAUAAAUUGUUCAUAAGUAUGUGGCCUGUGACCGGGUGGUGAGCAGUUAAGGUUGCAGUCCGCUUCUUGCCCAAAGUCAGCUAGAAUACGCUACAGAAUGCCUGCGACCUUUGUGAGGAAAAUGAGUACGGAGAUUGGAGUGGAUGGAUUGCUAAAUGCACUUGCAGUAUUGCACCAAAUGUUUCAAUCAUCCCCAAAGGCCAAAGUAGUGCAUGUAGGGCUUAAACAACCAGGUGGAAAGUCAAUCACAUAAGGAACUAUUUUUAAAAAUACAUCUAGGUU